CAAGAAUGGCAUCUAAAAACUAUCAACCAGUGGAGAGAUGGGCACACUCCACAGUAAAGGUAGGAGACUACCUAUAUAUGUGGGGUGGGGCCGCGUUUAGAGUACACUAUGAUGUGAUGGAGGUGUAUCACUUACCAACUGGUGCUUGGGACCAGAAACCUACUACUGGUACCCCACCACCAGGUACCUGGGGCUAUUCAUCAGUUGCUAUUGGGAAGGACAUAUAUUAUUUUGGUGGAGAUGAUGGUGGUGGUUAUCAAAACAGCUUACAAUGUUUCAAUGUGGAUUCAUUGAAGUGGAAAAAACUCUCUCCUUCUAGUUCUGAUUAUAGUCCAAUGAAGAAGGCCUACUGUGGAAUAAUAUCAGUUCAUUUUGAUGGUGAAGACUUUCUUAUAAUAAUUGGAGGAAUUGGAUCAUUUUAUAUCGAUACUCCAAAGCAACCUGAUGCUCAGCAUUCAGCUACUGGUAGAUGUAAUGAGAUACAUUAUUACAAGAUUUCAUCAGACUCUCUUUUCUCUGAAGAGCCAUUUGAAGUGCUUUUAUAUUCUGUCAUUCAACCAUAAUUAAUAAAAACUUGAAGAUUUAUGUGUGUUUUCUUGAAUUUUCUCUGCUGAUGAAGUGUCUUGACAAGAGAUCUGUCCGUAAGAUUGGCUAAGGUAGGUGCCAUUUUAAUUUCAUUGCAACCACACCCACAUCAAUAAAAAUAUUUCAUUAGAAUGCUACCGCAUUAGAUCAUU